AUGCUUUCCAUCGCUUUCUUUGUAUGGCUGCUACUUUUACCAUUUUCUCGAGGAGUCAUAACUACACAACUCAUUACAGUAACAGAUGCUGCGGGUGCUGUUGCAAUACAAACAUCUAUCUUUGAUCCAGCUACAGUUGCUGCUGCUGCAGUAGAUGCGGUUACAGCAGCAGGACUUGUAACAACAACAAAUGCAGUUGGUGCUCUUAUUACUAUAACGAAUACUGCUGCUACCACUGCUACUACUGCAACCACUAAGACAACCAAUGGUGCAGCCACAACGACUCCUCCAGUAACAAGGACCAUCACAACAGUAAACGCUGCAGGUGCUCCAAUAACUAUAACAACAACGGGGGCCGCCGCUGCAACUGGUGCCUUAGCAGCUGCAGUUGCCAAUUCUCCUACAACGGCCACAACUUUAGUUCCAUUCACUUCAGUGAUUGUUACUACAAAUGUUGCAAAUGUACCAGUUACUUUGACUACUGUAAUUACCCCAAUUCAAUCUUUGAUCACUACAGUGAAUGCCGCUGGUGUUACAGCUACUUUAACUACUACAAUAUUACCAACUGCCAAUGCGGCUACUGCAGCCACAACAGCUACUGCUGUAACGCCUAUCCCAACCGUCAUCACAACAACAAAUGAUCUAGGUAUUACAGUGACGUUGACCUCUACCUUGACUCCAAUCUUAUCUACCUAUACUACCACCAAUGCAGCAGGACUACCUCAAACAAUCACAACAGCAAGAUUACCAACGACCGCCACGACGGCAGUGGCUACUGCUGUUGCUACCACCGCAGUGGGUAGUACCUCCUUAAUUACCACUACAAACGCUGCUGGUAUCAUUGUCACUUUAACUACUGUCAUUCCGGUCUCUAGUUCUUCAUCAAAGGCUACGGUAACAACGACAGAGAAAUAUACGGGUACAAGACCAGAUCCUUCUACUGAAUACACACCACCACCACUCUCCGCAGUCACUACAAUCCCAAUUGAUACAUAUUUAACAUUGACAGAGGGAACUACAAGAACAUACACCACUACUAGAGCUAAGACGUCUAUUUGGGUUACCAUAACUUCUCAAGGUCAUUUAAUCACCGCACCAACUACUUUUGCUCAAAGAUUUAGUCAACAAUACGUUACUGUGGCAUCUCCAUCAUCUGGAUCCAUCGGUAUGGGCAGCCAUUCGGGUACUGUCGGGGUCAUUAAGACAAAUAUGGUAUCAACGAUAUCAAAUUCUACUAAUAUGGCAUCAACUAUGUACCUAUCAUUAUCUGGGAUCAUUAUCGCUUUGAUUUCUUGGAUCUUAUAA